CGCAUAGUCGCGUCUGGUGGCAAAGUUUCGACGCUAGGUGAUAAUGUUCUGUGUAAGAGAGCAGAUGAGGCUACGGUUUUCUUUCAGGCAUGAACGAGCUACCGAAGGAAGGAUCCCAAGCGUGCAGUUCUCUCUGAUCUAGCGGCUGUAUCGAAGAGCUACAGCGAUAUUCGCGUCGCCCAUGUUUCCCACUACCAAGCUAUCGCAGGGCGUAUGUCUCUGUAUCUUGGAAAUCAACACCGGAACAAAAAGCGCUCACGGCGCCUCAAAGGAUGGCCAAUAUUGCAGUUGAUGCUUUUGACCCUGAACUAGCAGGCUUGUACUUCCAACUGGAGUGCUUGCUUUUUACCUCUUACUGAAUAGUUCUAACGUUUUGGUCUAGAGAUGAACUAUUGGCCCAGCUUGGCUACAGGUCUUGCGGAUCUAACUUCGCCACUGAAUAGCCUCUUAAAAACGAUGGGCACACAAGGCGCAAAAGUGGCCAAGGAGAUGUACGGCUGCUCUAGCACCGUAACUCACCAUAACACGGAUUUGUGGGGUGAUUCGGCACCCCAGGAUAAUUAUUCUCCUGCAACUUUUUGGCCGAUGGGAGCCACAUGGAUGGUCACUCAUAUGAUAGAACACUAUCGAUUUACUGGGGAUAAGGAGCUUCUCAAGGACAUGUUCCCGACACUUAAGGCUAACGUUGAAUUUGCACUCAACUUUCUGAAAGAAUAUAACAGUUAUAUGGUAACAAAUUCAAGAGUAUCUGCAGAAAACACUUAUGUCAUACCAAAUAGCAACGGGAAGACAGCGUCCAUUUCACUUGGUACGACUAUCGAUAACCAGUUGCUCUGGACCUCUUCGGAUUUGUUCCUGAGGCGCAGGCUGCGCUCUGUAUUCGAGACGAUAAAUUUGCCAAGCGCGCAGCCCAGAUGA